AAAUCUACAACCAAUCAAAACCAACCACAUUUAUCAUAAUUACCAUAUUUUUCAUCAAAGGUGGGUCUCUUAAGUAAAACCAUGGGUCUAUUUAACAUUCCCCAUACAUACAUACAUAUUUAUAUUUAUAUUGGAACGUAUGUAAAUUCUAGUGAUGUGCGACUCAGAAAUCCGUAGGGUUCGCAUCCAAGCCAUCAAUAAUAACGAACGUGCUUCAUCCACUUUAGAAAUCAUCCCGAAGCGUUUCGUGUUCACGCCCUCCAAAGCAAAACCAUACGGAGGCCAUGGCGACGAUUGUGAAGGCGUCGCGGUCUCUCUCUCUCUCUCGUCUCCUUGUCGUAUUGUGUCUGCGAGACCUGGUUGUUGGUUGUUUUGCAGUGAAUUUGGAACUGUGAGUGCGUGUGCGUUUCCUCUUUUUCUCUUAAUUCUCGACAUUUUGCCUUGGGAGUGGGUCUUCACACGAAGAGAACGUUGAUAGCUGCGUUCGGGAGGGAGAGACACAACCUUCGGCAAGCACAAUGUUGAGAAUAGCGGGACGAGGCUUGUCGCGUGUUCUUUGCACGUCUCUAACACAGCCCGGCCACUCCGGCUCUGCUUCGGUGGCUACUGUGCUCUCCUCACCAAGAUGUCUUCACGACACUGGUGACUGCUACGGUAGUUGCUCACCACGGUUUAACUAAUUCUAUGCAGUAAAUUAUACAUUCGUUGGAAGUACGAAACAAAUGCUUUAUCAACCUGGUUCAAUUGAUAAAGCAUGUGCACCACCCCUGGAGACUGUAUACCAGGACUUACAUCUAUGUCGCUGGUUUUAGAAAGAAGCCCUAAUUUUUGGCCUUGCUUCCGCACAAUGGGUGUUCAACCAGUAAUCAAUUACCUUGAGUUUGCUUGCGGAAGUGGUACCACCGAUAUCUACGAAUGUUUAACUUGUACCUUUGUACUCGAUUGGUGUUCAUCGGUCUCCAAUGUGGGAAUUAAAUCGCUGGUUCUCAACCAAGUCAGAAUGCAGUCAUGGUGGUUCUUAAUUCAGCUGCCGGAAAAGAGGUUUUAUGUGGAGACAAACAUUUUCAUAUAAUUAAUCUUAGGCAAUCUGCACAUUAUGUAGUGGAACCGACGAAAUGGAGGUAUACAACAUCGAGAGAAAUACAUUUCGUAGUUCUGUAGCUGGAAGUCUCGAAGAGUAGUGUCUAAAUGUUCCUCAGGUGCUCAAAGGUUUACGAAUGAAGAAAGUUCAAGUCGAUGACAGAAAAAGAAACCUCUCGUUCUUGAUGACUGUUAAUGGUUCAAGUCUGGUUCCUCCUUAAACAUCGUACUUGAUGAGGAUCUUCGUCCGUAAGAUUCAGAAUCCAAAUGCAUCAGGCGAUUUCGGGAUUGCAACUGGAGUGGAGCGGGAGGAGUUGGAAUGGAAGAGGCAGAGUGCUCCUUUCGUGCAGGGCAAAUCCCGGUUCUAUCUUUCUCCUCCUCGUGGACCAUUCGGCACCAAGGGGAAUGUCUCUGGUACCAGUCGAAGGUUACGGGAGUUGGUGGUCAACCUGGCAGUGACGAACAUCAUUAGUCUUUCCAAGACUGAUGACUACCCUGAAAUACAGUAAAAAUUUGUCGAGGUGAGGCAGUUUGGACCGGAUCAGAUUUGACGACAGGUUAAGGAAGAAGUGAACAAGGUCCUGAAAACCAUAAAUUUUUUUAUCUAUCGACAGUUCUUCUAAUGCACA